GCCUGGCACUUAAGCAAGCACUCACUAAAUGUUAGCUGUGAAUAUAAUGGUAAAGGUGCUAAUCUUGGCUCUCAAGGACUGUCUUAGGUCAUUUCUGGUAACGUCCUUACUAAGGUAACAUGACACACAUGGGGUCACUGACCAUGAGCCAGAAAUGACUUGACAGCAACUGGAAAAAGGCAUUCUUGGUAGUCCAAGGAAACCCUGGUGGGGUAGUGGUUAAGUGCUACAGCCGCUAAUCAAGAGUCGGCAGUUCAAAUCCACCAGGCGCUCCUUGGAAACUCUAUCGGGCAGUUCUACUCUGUCCUAUAGGGUCGCUGUAAGUUGGAAUCGACUCGACGGCAGUGGGUUUGUUGAUUUUUUUUUUGGUUUUGGUAGUCCAAAGGACAAAAAAGAAGGAGGGAGGAAUGGAAGAGCCUAAAAUAUAUAGAACUCAUUGAUACAGUAACUUCAAAGGUCAGGAAUUGAUUUGGGGAGGGAUUGGUGCAAUUGGUUGCAGGAGGGUACAGGUAUUCUGUGUCAUUCCUUGGUGGCGUCCAGGGAGAAGGUGGUGGUGGCUAAAAAAGGAGAUGGAAGGCAGACACCAAACCAGCAACCUAACAAGCCUGUCUCCUUGUUUCCUAAAGGCCUUCAACUUCUGCCCAAUGAUGCUACCCAUAAAAAAGAGGCUGUUGCUGUUUCUGGUUUCCCAGAUGGUGAUCUUCGCUCUAUUCUUCCAUCUGUACAGCUACCACCUCAGCUCUUUGCCUUCGAAGGAGGAUCCCAAGCCUGUGCACGUGUUAAUACUGUCUUCAUGGCGCUCAGGCUCUUCCUUUGUGGGACAGGUUUUUGGGCAGCACCCAGAUGUCUUUUACCUGAUGGAGCCUGCCUGGCACGUCUGGAUGAGCUUUACAGAAAGCACUGCCUUGAGGCUGCACAUGGCAGUGCGGGACCUGGUACGCUCUGUCUUUCAUUGUGACAUGAGUGUCUUCGACGCCUACAUGCAACCUGGUCCCCGGAGACAGUCCACCCUCUUCCAGUGGGAGACCAGCCGGGCCCUGUGUUCCCCACCUGCCUGCAACAUCAUUCCACCAGGUAAAAUCAUCCCCCAGGCUCACUGCAAGAUUCUAUGCAAUCGACAGCCCUUUGAGAUGGUGGAGAAGGCCUGCCGCUCCUACAGCCAUGUGGUGCUCAAGGAAGUGCGCUUCUUCAACCUGAAGUCUCUCUACCCCCUGCUGAAAGACCUGUCCCUCAACUUGUACAUUGUGCAUCUGGUCCGGGACCCCCGGGCUGUGUUCUCUUCCCGAGAGCGCACCACAUUGGAACUCAUGACUGACAGCCGCAUUGUAUUAGGGGAGAAGUGGAACCAACUCAAGGAGGAGGACCGGCCUUACCACGUGAUGCAGACCAUCUGCGAAAGCCAGCAAGAGAUCUUCGAGGCCAUCCGGCUCUUGCCCAAAGCCCUGCAGCAGCGCUACCUGCUUGUGCGCUAUGAGGACCUGGUCCGCGACCCCCAGGCCCAAACUUCCCGAAUGUAUGACUUCGUAGGGCUGAAAUUCUUUCCCUGGCUCCAGACUUGGGUGCAAAACAUCACCCAAGGCAAGGGCAUGGGAAAACACGCUUUCCACACAAAUGCGAGGAAUGCCCUCAAUGUCUCCCAGGCCUGGCGCUGGGCCUUGCCUUUCAAAAAGGUUACUCGAGUUCAGACAAUCUGUUCUGAUACCAUGAAUUUGCUAGGCUACCGCCACGUCCUGUCUGAGCAACAGCAGAGAAACCUGUCACUGGAUAUUCUCUCUACCUGGAUCCUCUCUGACCAAGACUAUCAUGAGGGUUGA